AUGCUCAGUGCGAUAACCAGAACGAGAACCGUGUCCCAUCUCCGGUACGCUAAUACAUUUAUUCUAUCUAUUAUGGCGUCGAGUUCAACACCAUUCCAUAAAUAUUCCAAAUUGGCUGUGGGUACUGAAACACGUGGUAAAACAACCGAGAAUCGUCUCCGACGAGUUGAUAACUUCGUGAUGAUGUACUGUUAUGAUUUAAUUCUAAGCACGGAGCAUCUCUAUGUUGAUCUGGGGUAUGGUCGUAAACCUGUCACAACAUUAGAAAGCGCAAGACGCUUCAGACAAUACAAUAGACAAUUACGCGUUCUAGGCAUAGAAAUUGAUAAUAAACGCGUACGAGAGGCUCAGAAAUUUGUAGAUGACAUAACGGAUUUUCGCCAAGGAGGAUUUAAUUUACCGUUGCAAACUAACCCAACCACUGGUCAGAGAGAAAGUGUCAAUUUAAUUCGUGCAUUCAACGUUCUCAGACAAUAUGACCUCGAAAGUGACUGUCAUGAUUCUCACAUACUGAUGUGUAAUUAUUUGAAUAUAAAUGGAAUCCUGAUCGAAGGAACUUCCGAUCCAUUAGGACGUGUUUGGGUAGCAAAUGUCAUUCGAAAACAAUCGGAUCAGUCAAUGUUAAUCGAAGCACUCGUAUUCAGCACGAAUUUUCGUGAUGAAUUCGAUAUUGUCACAUUUCAACAAAAUUUACCGAAGAAUUUCAUUCAUCGAAUGACUGGCAAGAGUGAAAUGAUAUAUAAUUUCUUCGAAGAUUGGAAAACAAGUUACGAACAAGUGGGUAAACCGAUGAAUAGUAUGUUUGGAGCCGGAAUACGACAGCAAUUUAUUACUACAGCGAAAUAUCUUGCCGAUGAGCAUGGUUACGAUGUAAUUACAGCUAAGAAAUACCUGAAAAAUGGAUUUUUAGUAUGGAAACUGACGCCGGGAAGUAAAGGUGUGGAUCUCGAUCAGAUUACUUACCGAAUUUUAUCUUCCAAAAAGUAA